AUGGCGACACAAUCUCCGCCCACUGAAUAUACUCCAGCCGCAAUUCGCCUAGCUCGGACAUACGGGAAGGAGAAGUCCGAGUGGCUGCGCCGUAGAGUUACUACACAAGCGUCUUCGAGGAACCUUCCUGAAGAAGCAGCGCCGACUCUGAUGUCGGUCGAUGACCGCACUGUUAUCUGCAUCGCUUCCCCCACCGUCUCUCCAGGACAAAAGACGUUGACUCCUAUGCAUUUGACCCAAGCUGAAGCGGCUCUCAACACACAGCUGUCCCCUAUGGACGCCGACUUGCACACCUAUGGGUUCCCCCCUGGCUACUUUAUCAUCCGCUCUGUUGCCUCACGUCGCAAUCUUGACGUUGAGAUGGGUUCGGCUGAUGACGGCACGAACGUGAUUCUUUGGCCGGAGACGGAGAACUCUUUGGUUGAAUCCGUGCGGAAUCCGAGCUGCGACAACCAGGUCUUUUUCGUGGAUACAUCCGGAGCGCUGUGCUGCAGACGCACUGGUCAUGCUAUUGAUGUUGAAAAUGAUCGCCUUGUUAUGCGACAUCGCAGGCCAGUGUCAUAUCCAUUCCCCAAUGCCUACUCGCAUCCACUGCCUCGCUUUUCGUAUGACCGCGACACAAGGAACAUUACUGUGACGUUCUCUGCAGACCCGACCUACCCCCCAGGUCCAGGCUCCAAAUUGAGUCCUAACGCCUGGAAGGAAAAUGCAUAUCUUUUGACUUCCAUACCAGCACGGAAAUCCCGAUCCAUCAUGGACGACGCUUCUGAUCUACUCAAUAAUGCGAUCCACGCACCUCUUUCUCUCUUUGGGUCACUUGGCAAGUCGAGGAUUGCUUCUACCCCAGACGAAGUCUUUUAUAGUGGUCACUUCGACUUACGAGAGGAGGAAAUCUUGGAGCAAGAUCGCUCGGAGGAAGGCGAGGUUGACGAUUCGCUCGAAAGGCUUCGUAAGGUUCGUGUUCUCGCAUUAGCCAAGGAGGAGGUGCAUGCUGCUUCCCAGAAGGCAAAGCUGAGGAGGCAGUGGGUCGUAGUCUCUUUGAAAGCUUCUAAGACUCGUACGAAUACCUGA